CUAGUCUUUAGUCUUUAAAAAAACCUUAAUUGACUGAAAAAUUAAAUUGGCAACUCUGUUGGUAUUCCCAUAUACAACUACUUUAGUAUUAAAAUAAAACGUAAAAGAAGAAACAGCUUUGAGAAGUAACCGAUCUUGAAGACAACCGGAUGGAAUGAAUUUGGUCUAUCUCUUGCGAAUAGAAAAGAAAUAAUUGAGAUAAAAACUGUGUUACUGAAAAUAAGUUCCGUUGAAGUUAAAAAAAUGUUCUUCAUGAUUUUACACUCAUUCGUCGGAGUUGCACUUACAGUGAUAAUCGUUUCAUACGCUUUUAUUCUGUUCGGAUGUAAGCGAAAGGCAACAAUCAAAUUUGGCAUUUCGAAUUCCGAGCAAAUUUAUCAUAGAUUACAUCAAGCACCCGGGCCGCAUCCUUGGCCAAUAAUUGGAAACUUAGACAUAGUCGGCCGCUUCAAAAAUCCGUUCGAGGGUUUUGGAGCAGUAGGAAAACAGUACGGCGAUAUUUACACGUUAACACUUGGGCAAACACGUUGCCUUAUAGUUAACAAUUUGGAGAUAAUUAGAGAAGUACUCAAUAAAAAUGGCAAAUUUUUUGGAGGACGUCCAGAUUUUCUGCGCUAUCAUAAACUCUUUGGUGGUGACAGAAACAACUCUCUUGCUCUCUGUGAUUGGUCAAUGUUACAGCAAAAACGACGAAAUCUAGCGAGACGUCACUGCUCCCCUCGAGAAUCAUCUUCAUAUUUUACAAAAAUGUCACGAAUUGGUGGUGAAGAAAUUAAGCACUUAAUGGAAAAGCUGGAGAAAACGAUUAUGCCAGGGGAGCCCUUCAAUAUUAAGCCUCUAAUUCUUAAAGCCUGUGCGAAUAUGUUCAGUCAGUAUAUGUGUUCUUUGAGAUUCAACUACGAGGAUACUGAGUUUCAACAGAUUGUCCAGUUCUUCGAUGAAAUCUUUUGGGAGAUAAAUCAAGGAUAUCCACUAGAUUUUCUCCCAUGGCUUCUUCCAUUUUACAAAAAUCACACAAAGAAAAUUUGUGAUUGGUCCACAACGAUUAGAAAAUUUAUAUUGGACCGUGUUAUCAAUCAAAGAGAGUCAAAUAUUGAUAUAGAUGAGCCGGAUAAUGAUUUCACAGAUGUACUCUUAAAAAGCCUUAGGGAAGAUAAAAAUGUGUCUCGAAAUACUAUUAUAUUUAUGCUUGAAGAUUUUAUUGGAGGUCACUCAGCCGUAGGAAAUUUAGUUAUGUUGUGUUUGGCAUAUAUAGCUAAAGAUCCAGUAAUUGGUAAAAAUAUUCAGAAUGAAGUGGAUUUUGUCUCUAAUAAUGGACAACGAAGCAUUGAGUUACAUGAUAUGAAUGAAAUGCCAUAUACGAUGGCAACCAUAUUUGAAGUUUUGCGAUACUCAUCGUCUCCAAUUGUUCCUCAUGUAGCUACAGAGGAUACGCAGAUAUCAGGAUAUGGUGUUACUAGCGGUAGUAUUGUUUUUAUAAAUAAUUAUGAGCUUAACAUGAGCCACAAAUACUGGACGAACCCCAAUAAUUUCGAACCAGAACGAUUUUUAGAAGAAAAGAUUAAAAGCAUUACGAUGUCAUCCAAACUUUAUGAUAUUAGAAGGUGCUCUGAAGCAUCGGAUUCGGGUAUUGAGAUUGAGAAAGAAACUGGAACGUAUCACGCAUCUUCCAAAAAUCAAUUUUGUAGAGGCAAAGUAAUUGAAAAUUUAAAACGAUACGGCCAUCAUAGAUUGCAGCUAAAAAAGAAUAUCCCCCAUUUUCUACCAUUUAGUAUUGGAAAACGUACUUGUAUAGGACAGAAUUUGGUGAGAGGAUUUGGUUUUAUUAUGCUGGCAAAUAUUGUUCAAAGUUACAAUAUAAACAGUACUGAUCUUUCCAGUAUAAUAAUAAAUUCGGCUACAGUUGCAUUACCUGCCACCACUUUUCCUUUAGUCUUGACCCCUAGAAUGUAAUAUAGUUUUGUUUAUUAUCAAUAGGAUAGAAAUUCAUAAACAUUUAAAGUUUUAGUUUUAUCCGUUGUUCGAAAUGAAUGAAAAACUUACUUAAAUUUCGUAUUUGUCUGGUUCGUCAAAUAAAACUCUGUAAAAAAAUAUAAAUAUUUUAAAUAUUAUUAACGAGUUUUAAAAAGACUGAAAGUAUAUAUUUAUAUCUAUUUAAAAAAUAUUUUAAAUAAAAUAUUUAAU